UAGGAUUAGCAUGAGGUCUGCGAGGCUGGCACUUCAGUGUCUAGGUUAAGAAAUGUUUUCAAGCAGUAAAUGCACUCUCUGUAUGGAAACGAGGGGAAAGGAUUCCUUGGGCGCUUUCGUAUUCAAAAAUGUGCGAGCUCCGAGCAGGCGCCGCAAUGUAAUUUAGGACAAGACAUGCUUCAUAGCUUUGGAGAAUAUUGCCUCCUGUAAAUGUUACUUCGGUGGAUGGGAGCAAUUUUAGAAAGGUGGCAUUCUUGUUUUACAUCGGAGAGCUUUGGAAUAAAUAAAGGGAAGCAUCAGUCGGGGGGACGGAAGGAAUGGCAUUGGUGGAAAAGUACCGCCGGAUCCGACUCCGAUUGAGUGCUAGAUGUGGCGCGGGUAAUGGGAAAGAGGACAGUCUGGCGGCAAAGGUGCUUAGAAGGAAGAGAAACGACCCUUUUCCUGCUAAUGACUCCAUUCCCACUACCGUGCUUUGAAGACUCUGAAGAAUAGGAAAACCUACAGCUCAGCGCUAUUGGGUAGGACAACGCAAACAAACCCACUGCACAUAUUGUGAAGGGCGCGCAUCGCAGAGGUGUCCGAUAUGAAAAUGCAAAAGCAGAAACUGGAUAAGUUUCAGAAGCAAAUGAGGAUAUAAAAGACAGGAGUGGUGGAGUGGUUAAGAGACAGUGGUCAAGCUGGGAAGCUACACAGGAUGUCUUCCAAGCGACCAGCCUCUCCGUAUGGGGAAACAGAUGGAGAGGUAGCCAUGGUGACAGGCAGACAGAAAGUGGAAGAAGAGGAGAGUGACGGGCUCCAAGCCUUUCACCUUCCUUUGCAUGUGAGUUAUCCCAACAAGCCUCAUUCUGAGGAAUUUCAGCCGGUUUCUCUGCUGACGCAGGAGCCUUGCGGCCACAGAACUCCCACCUCUCAGCAAAACACAAUGGAAGUUGAUGGCAAUAAAGUGAUGUCUUCAUUUGCCCCGCACAACUCAUCUACCUCACCCUUGAAGGCAGAAGAAGGUGGGCGUCAGAGCGGAGAGUCCUUCUCCAGCACAGCUCUGGGAACUCCAGAAAGGCGCAAAGGCAGCCUAGCAGACGUUGUGGACACUCUAAAACAGAGGAAAAUGGAGGAGCUCAUCAAGAACGAACCAGAAGAAACCCCCAGUAUUGAAAAGCUACUAUCAAAAGAUUGGAAAGACAAGCUUCUUGCCAUGGGAUCAGGGAACUUUGGAGAAAUAAAAGGGACUCCAGAGAGCCUAGCUGAGAAAGAGAGGCAGCUCAUGGGCAUGAUCAAUCAGCUGACCAGUUUGCGGGAGCAGCUGUUGGCGGCUCACGAUGAGCAGAAGAAGCUGGCAGCCUCACAAAUUGAGAAGCAGCGCCAGCAAAUGGAGUUGGCCAAGCAGCAACAGGAACAGAUUGCAAGGCAACAACAGCAGCUCCUGCAGCAGCAACACAAAAUCAACCUUCUCCAGCAACAGAUCCAGCAGGUCCAAGGUCAGCUGCCGCCAUUAAUGAUUCCAGUAUUCCCUCCAGACCAGCGGACUCUAGCAGCGGCAGCACAGCAGGGAUUCCUCCUUCCUCCUGGUUUCAGCUACAAGGCAGGCUGCAGUGACCCUUACCCUGUUCAGCUGAUCCCAACAACCAUGGCAGCUGCUGCCGCGGCAACCCCUGGCUUAGGUCCUCUCCAACUGCAGCAGUUGUAUGCUGCCCAGCUUGCGGCGAUGCAAGUAUCCCCAGGUGGGAAAAUACCCGGCAUCCCCCAAAGCAACAUUGGUGCAGCAGUAUCGCCUACCAGCAUCCAUACCGACAAGAGCACAACCAGCCCUCCACCCAAAAGCAAGGACGACGUGGCCCAGCCAUUGAACCUCUCGGCAAAACCCAAGACAGCAGACAGCAAGUCUCCCACAUCACCCACCUCUCCUCACAUGCCACCCCUGAGAAUAAACAGCGGGAGCAGCUCGCUCAAAUCUAUACCAGCAACGUUAGCCAGUCCUUCAGCCAGAGUCAACACAAUAGAUAUCCUUUCCUCUAUCACAUCGUCAGGGUACUUAAAUGACCACGAUGCUGUUACCAAGGCAAUCCAGGAGGCUCGGCAGAUGAAGGAGCAGCUACGACGGGAGCAACAGGUGCUCGACGGGAAGGUUGCUGUGACAAACAACUUGGGUCUGAAUAACUGCAGGACAGACAAGGACAAAACGACACUGGAGAACCUGACUCAACAGUUGGCAGUCAAACAGAAUGAAGACGGGAAGUUUAGCCACGCUAUGAUGGAUUUCAACAUGAGCGGAGACUCUGACGGAAGCGCAGGUGUCUCAGAAUCUCGGAUUUAUCGGGAGUCCAGAGGGCGUGGGAGCAACGAACCCCACAUCAAGCGCCCAAUGAAUGCCUUCAUGGUAUGGGCGAAAGACGAGCGGAGGAAGAUCCUGCAGGCUUUCCCGGAUAUGCACAACUCCAACAUCAGCAAAAUACUGGGCUCUCGCUGGAAGGCUAUGACAAACCUUGAGAAGCAGCCGUACUAUGAGGAGCAGGCGCGCCUCAGCAAGCAGCAUCUGGAGAAGUACCCGGAUUACAAGUACAAGCCCAGGCCGAAGCGCACGUGCUUAGUGGACGGGAAGAAGCUGCGGAUCGGCGAAUACAAGGCAAUCAUGCGCAAUCGGCGUCAAGAGAUGAGGCAGUAUUUCAAUGUUGGACAGCAAGCACAGAUUCCCAUUGCGACGGCCGGCGUAGUCUACCCAGGGGCCAUUGCCAUGGCAGGAAUGCCCUCCCCGCACCUGCCCUCGGAGCACUCGAGCGUUUCUAGCAGUCCGGAGCCCGGGAUGCCCGUUAUCCAGAGCACUUACGGCAUCAAAAGCGAGGACACCUCCCACGUCAAGGAGGAGAUGCAGACUGACGACAUCAAUGGCGAAAUAUACGACGAGUACGACGAAGAGGACGAUGACCCCGACGUGGACUACGGCAGCGACAGCGAAAACCACAUCGCGGGGCAAGCCAACUGAUAGGAGGGGGUCCCGAUUCUUGGCGUUGACCUCGGAAGACUUCGGUGGGAAGCCCCGGCUGGUUCCUUAGCCCAGUGGCCAAGCACACAGACUUAAAUCCUCACACACUGACUGUUACUUAAAAACUCUUAGUCUUAACUAGUUGGGGGGACAUCAGCUGAUGAAUAGGCAUCAGCCCGCGUUGGGGGGGGGAAAUAAACUUUUUAAAAGGAAAGCGAAACAAAAAAUUUAAAGAGACAAAAAGGCUCAGAGGAAGGAACCGUGACAAGGAAGACAACUCACGAAGACAACAAAUAUAUAUAUAUAUAUAAAUAUAUAUAUAAAACGGACGGAAAUAAGCUAUGGGUAAUAUAAUGCCAGUAAUUCAGCUGCUAUACCCGAGCACUGAAGUCUUACCCGUUCAACUUUUUAUUAUUAUUAUUUUUUUCAAAAUAAACUUUAUGGCUGUUUGUUCUACAA